UCUUCUUUAUAAAUAAACGUCUCUCGCAGCUUCUUUGUCUAUCUUAUUGUUUUUUUAUAUAUUCGAUGGUUCAGACAGAUACAGAUAAGAUGGGUCUUAAUUUGAAUCUGUCCAUGUACUCUCUAGCAAAACCCUUGUCUCAAUUUCUCGACGAAGUGUCGAGGAUCAAAGAUUAUGAUUCGAAGCUGUCUGAAAUCGAUGGGUAUGUCGGAAAAUUAGAGGAAGAGAGGAAAAAGAUCGAUGUUUUUAAACGGGAACUACCUCUAUGCAUGCUCCUAUUGAACGAAGCGAUUGAGACGUUAAAGGAAGAGGCUUCAUCAUCAGUGAUGAUGGCAUCAGAUGGUAAAUUAGAUGUGGGUGAAGGGGCAAAAGUGGAAAGUGAUAAUAAGAAGAACUGGAUGAGCUCUGCCCAGUUAUGGAUCUCCAACCCUAACUCCCAAUUGCAAUCGACAAACGAAAAAGAAGAUCGGUCUGUGACUCAUAAGCCUAUUCAGGGAGGGGCAUUUUCGUCAUUUAACCUUCCUCCAGCUCCUCUGUCUCUCGGGACUCCAGCAUCAGAGAUACUUAUGGAUUAUAAUCAUCAGUUCAGCAAACCUAUGCAGAGCCUUCACAGUCAGAAGAAAGAGCAGAGAAGGAGAUGGUCACAGGAACUUCACCGUAAGUUCGUUGAUGCUCUUCACAGCCUUGGAGGGUCACAAGUGGCGACACCAAAGCAGAUUAGAGAUAUGAUGAAAGUUGAUGGUUUAACCAAUGAUGAAGUCAAAAGCCAUUUACAAAAGUAUAGAAUGCAUAUCCGUAAGCAUCCGCUGCAUCCAGCAAAGACUUUGUCAUCCUCGGAUCAGCAUGUUGUGUUAGAUAAAGAAACACAAAGCUUGAUAAGUUUGACGAGGUCUGAUUCACCACAAAGUCCGCUUAUUGAUGGAGGUUUGUUCAGUAAUAAUGGACAUAGCUCAGAGGAGGCAGAGGAUGAAGAAAAAUCUGAUGGACGUAGCUGGAAAAGUGUUUCAAAUAAGAAGAAACAAGGGUUGGAUCUUGAGCUUUGAAGACCAAUCAUAAUACUAUGCAUAGAUAAAAAUUACCAACUUAUGUUGUUAUAUGCUCAAAAAACUUGAAAAAGUUUGCUCGGGAGUUUUGUAGAUGUAAAACAUGAGAGAAGGGAAUAUAGAUAGAGAGAAGAGAUCAAACUCUUCAGGUUUGUGUU